AAAGGCAUGGGGCGUUAUUAUAUCUCCUUUCCUUCAUCUGUUCGUGCGUGCUUGUGUCAUCGUCGUUGUGAUUCCCAUUCAAUCGCUCUAUUGCAUUCCCAUUCCCAUUCUUAUUCCAACACAGCAAAACGACCGAUAUGCUUUCGGGAAGGUCCGCCACAGAGAAGGAGCGACGAGCAGCCAAGACUCAGUCGCUCUAUAUCACCACACCUUCCUCCUUCAACAACAACAGCAACAACAACAGCAACAGCAGCAGUGGCGACACCAACAGCACCCACUCCUCCUUCCUUCCACACACUAACAACAACAAUCAAUUGGGAUACCCAGGACAGCAGCAAUUGACGUUCUCCAACUUCAACAACAAUACCAGUAGCACACCAAAAUCGCCCAGGAAGUCACGGCCCUUCUCAAUGUUAUUCCACCAUCCGCAAGAGGAACUGGCCAAGCAGCAGCAACAACAACAGGAUGGACACCCAGCAGAGUACUACCAGCAAGAGCUAUAUCAACAGCAGCAGACCUUGAACGAGUCUGACGAGGAUGCAUUUGCUGACGGAUAUUCCCUGGCCUCAACCGCUAUCGAUUUUGUGGAGAGCGACCUCAAGGAAGCUGAUUCGGACACCCGCAUGCUCAUUGCACACCUGACUGAUCUCGAUUCCGGUCUGCCUAUUUUGCUGGAGCGGGUCAAACAGAAUCUUCAUUCCUGCAAGGAUCUGGUAUCAUUUCUGAAGAAACGAUCAGUUAUGGAGGCAGAGUACGGGACCAACGUCCUCAAGCUGGCCUCUGGAGUGCGCGACACCUAUCGUCAGCAGGCCGAGGGAGCCAGCACUCAGGCACACUCUAAACAGGGGUCAUACGGAGACUGUUGGUUGCACAUUCUGGAGAUGCACGAACGCUUAGGAAACAAUCGUCUCGAGUUCUCAAGAGAUCUGCAGGUCAUCUCUGAGGAGCUAUCAGCGAUAUACAAAGAAACGGACCGGAGUCGCAAGCAGUUUAAGGAAGCAGGAGCAAAGCAGGAAAGAGUCGUUCAGGAGCAUGAGCAGAAUCUGGAGAAGGCGAAACAAAAGUACGAUACGUUCACGGAAGAGUGGGAGCGUGCAAUUCUUCAAAAGGCGGCCGAUCCAGGGACUCCCAAGAAGACAACCAUGACGAAGGGCAUGAACAUCUUUAGACAGCCAAAGUCUCUGGGUCAGUUGCAUCGACAGGAGGAAGAAGCGAAAGUAAAAGCGACAGCUGCCCAUGAACAAUACAAGUUACAGCUUGCCAAGACAAAUGACACACGACAGCACUACUUUGCUCAUGCCCUACCAAGUAUCUUGAAGAAUUUGAAAGAUACGAUUGACGAGUCAGAUUUGUCCUUACAAUACUACCUAAUGCGCUAUGGCUACAUGUACGAGGACUAUAUGAUGAAGGAUGCAAUCAUCCUGAACCCCAUUAAUGGCAGUGAUAUAGGAUUGCGUGGUCGCAUCGAGUUGGUCAAUAAGGACACGGACUUGCAGGUCUUUAUUCAGGCCUACUCAGCAAAAGCAACCCCUAUUGACAAGUCGGCAGCCCCAUAUAAGGAAUAUCAAAUGUCGGCACAAGCACAGUCGAUAAUCAAUCCAAGGCCCAUCUUUGGAUGCGAUCUCGCGGAACAGUUGAUUAGAGACGAAGCAGACCUGCCCGAGAUUGUUGUCAAGUGUACAGAAGCAAUAGAGCGAUUCGGCAUGGACACGAAAGGAAUCUAUCGCGUAUCUGGAAUAACAUCGGCCACCAACAAGCUGCGAUCUGCAUUUGACCGAGAUUGUUCCGCUGUAGACCUGAGCAGUGAGGAAAAUUGCGGCGAUAUCAACAGUGUUGCCAGUGUGUUGAAAUCGUGGUUCCGUGAGCUGCCUGAACCCUUGUUGACGCGGAAGCUGUACCCCGAGUUUAUCAAGGCGGCUAGCAUUGAGGACCCGGGGUUGCAACUGAUGAACUUGCACCAGGUCACGAAUCAGCUUCCUGACCCUAACUAUGCAACGCUCAAGUUCUUAAUGUGCCAUUUGAAUCGCGUGCAAGCCAACCAGUCAGUAAAUAUGAUGGGAUCUUCGAAUCUGGGACUCAUUUUUGGACCUACACUGACUAGCACCAGCGGUGCCGGAGAUGCAGUCAACGACCUCGCGGAUAUGGGCUUGCAGUGCAGGGUGAUUGAGACGCUCUUAACUAACUAUGGGGCAAUUUUCGAUUUCGAUGAGGAGGAUGAGGAGCAGGAGGGUAUGGACCAGUUUACGGAAGGGUUCCCAGAGUCAAAUCCACAUGACAUGCAGCAAUACAACAAUUAUGAGGAUCAUGGAUACAUUGACGAGCACGAUGAACACCUGCAUGGGCAUCCACACUCACAGCAAUAUCAUCAAGUGCACCAGAUGCAGCCUCUACAAUUUGACGAAUAUGGCAUCCCAAUCAACGGCCAGAGUACAUAUGACUAUGGUUAUGUUGGUGAUCGAAUGGUACCAGUAGCAGAGGAAGCUGAGGACAUUGAGGGUAACGAGGCAAUUGUGCCCCGGGAACAUUUUGGAUAUGGAGCUGGCUCCAGUGCGUUUGAGCACGACAGGUCGUCGCUCCAUUUGCAAUCAGCACAACCAUGAGAUGUCGUUGGGGACAGAUAGCAUUCCCUCCUCCCUCCCAACGUCUUUGAAUAAAAAGGAUCUCUGCAAAUGGGACGCGUUUGUGGCUUUGUCACUAAGCUGGCGAGAAGAGCAGGCAACCGUGAUGUGUACAGCGCGCU